AUGAGCUCCAUCACUGAAAGAGCCAUCCCUGUCGGAUCACUAGUCCUUGUCUCCGGAGCCAACGGCUUCAUUGCCAGUCACGUCGUCGACCAACUGCUCCAAGCUGGGUAUCGAGUCAGAGGAACGGUUCGCAGCUUGGAGAGAGCAGCUUGGGUAAAGACCUUCUUCGGGGAAAAGUAUGGACAGGAUCAGAUUGAACUCGUCGAAGUGCCCAAUAUGGCAGAUCGUGGGGCGUUUGAUAUUGCCGUACAAGGCGCAUCAGGCAUUUGUCACGUCGCAACCCCCGUCAUGCAGGCCUUGGACCCCAACAUUGGAGUUCCCACGGUGAUCAACGGCGCUCUGAACAUGCUGACUGCCGCAGCGAAAGAGCCAGGCAUCGAACGGGUCGUCAUAACAUCAUCCUCGACUGCUGCCUCGGCACCGAAGCCGAACCUCGAGUUCGUGAUCGACAAGGAUACCUGGAAUGACGAGGAUGUAGAAGCCGCUUGGCAGCCCCCGCCAUACGAAGGUGUGGCUCGGAAGCUUGCAGUGUACUCUGCAAGUAAGAUGCAAUCCGAGCAAGCAGCGUGGAAAUGGAUGAACGAAAACAACCCAGCCUUCGUGCUGAACACGGUGCUGCCCAAUGCAAAUGUUGGGAAAAUCCUGAGCCCAGAAAACCAGGGGACGCCAAGUACCGUCGGAUGGUUGCGAGCUCUUUGGGACGAUUUCGCGGGACACGAGGACUUGAAACAGAAUCCACCACAGUACUUCAUAAAUGUUCAGGACAACGCCCGUGUCCAUGUUGCAGCUCUGAUCUGUCCUGAUGUUAAGAGGGAACGGUUAUUUGCAUUCGCCUAUCCAUACAACUGGAAUGACAUGCUCGCGGUCUUCAGGAAGCUUUAUCCAAAGCACAAAUUCGUCGAUGACUAUCCUGACCUUGGCCGCGAUCUUAGCAAGGUAGCGAAUGGACGCGCCGAGGAGUUGGUCAAACGGUUCGAUCGCCCAGGAUGGACCGGGCUUGAGCAGUCUUUGAAGGAUGCGAUCUUCUGGGCCUAG